AGCCCCAGCAUGCUUUGGGUAACCCGGGGCGGUAAUGGCGGCGGCAGCGCCUGCGCAGUGCGGUCUCCGUGCGGACCGCGCAGAGUGAAUAAUAAAGCUCUCCUCCUCGGUGGUAGCGGGCGGCGGCGGAGGGAGUGGAAAGCAGGAACAUGUCGAAGGGCCCGGUAGCGACCGGGCCUCCUGCGACCGGGCCGGUGGCGCCCGCCAGCGCGCUCCAGGCGCAGCCCGAGAAGCCACAGCACUACACAUACCUAAAGGAAUUCCGCACAGAGCAGUGCCCAUUAUUUGUGCAGCACAAGUGUACUCAGCACAGGCCCUAUACAUGCUUCCACUGGCACUUUGUCAACCAGCGUCGUCGCCGGUCUAUCCGCCGUCGGGAUGGCACCUUUAACUACAGUCCUGACAUUUACUGCACCAAAUAUGAUGAGACCACAGGGAUCUGUCCAGAAGGAGAUGAGUGUCCAUUCCUGCAUAGAACUACUGGUGACACCGAACGAAGAUAUCACCUGCGCUACUACAAAACUGGAAUCUGCAUCCAUGAGACUGACUCAAAAGGAAACUGCACCAAGAACGGCCUCCAUUGUGCUUUUGCUCAUGGGCCCCAUGACCUCCGCUCUCCAGUUUAUGAUAUCAGGGAGCUUCAGGCCAUGGAAGCUUUGCAGAAUGGUCAGACCACAUCAGAGGGUGGCAUAGAGGGUCAGUCUGCAGUUGCCGCUAGCCAUGCUAUGAUAGAGAAAAUACUCAGUGAAGAGCCAAGGUGGCAAGACACAACAUAUGUUUUGGGAAACUACAAAACAGAACAAUGUAAGAAGCCCCCACGUCUCUGUCGCCAGGGUUAUGCUUGUCCUUACUACCAUAAUAGCAAAGAUAGAAGAAGGAGCCCCAGGAAACACAAAUACAGGUCAUCCCCAUGCCCCAGCGUGAAACAUGGAGAUGAGUGGGGAGAUCCCAGUAAGUGUGACAAUGGAGAUGCGUGCCAGUACUGUCACACCCGCACAGAGCAACAAUUUCACCCCGAGAUCUACAAAUCAACAAAAUGUAAUGACAUGCAGCAGUCUGGCAGCUGCCCCCGAGGACCCUUCUGUGCCUUUGCACAUGUAGAACAACCUCCACUUAGUGAAGAAUUACAAUCAACAUCAGCUGUUUCCAGCCCAACACAAACAGGCCCUGUUAUGUAUAUGCCCUCAGCAGCAGGCGAUUCUGUUCCUGUCAGCCCUUCUAGUCCACAAGCCCCAGACCUUAGUAAUGUAUGGAAUAAACCAGGAACUCUGCCAACUAGCCCCACCUCUACUACAAUUCUCUGUAGGAAUAGCAAUCUUGGAAGCCCAUCUAAUAUAUGUGGGUCCCCUCCUGGUGCCAUUGGAAAACCCCAUAGUAUAGAAAGCAUUGGCUUUCCCACAGAUUCAGCAACUGCAGCCGCCAGCUACAAGAAGGCGCCUGGAUUUGAGCGGGAAGACCUGGUUGGAGCAGAGUACCUAAAGAGCUUCAAAUGCCAGCAAGCAAAGAUUAAAUCCCAUUCCAUGGAACACAGAACCCAAGAACAGCCUCUGUUACAGCCAAAACAGGAUAUAUUGGGAAUUCUUCCUGUUGGCAGCCCACUGACAUCUAGCAUCUCCUCUAGUAUCACCUCUAGUUUGGCAGCAACACCACCAAGUCCAGCAGGCACAAGCAGUGUCCCUGGCAUGAAUGCAAAUGCCCUUCCAUUCUACCCAACCAGUGACACAGUGGAAUCUGUGAUAGAGUCUGCCUUGGAUGACCUGGACCUGAACGAAUUCGGAGUGGCUGCCCUGGAGAAGACAUUUGACAGCAGCUCGGUGCCCCACACGAGUGGCAUCAUGAUAGGUGGGAGUUUGCUGCAAAGUUCUGCUCCUGUAAAUAUCCCUGGGUCCCUUGGAAGUUCUGCCUCCUUUCACUCUGCCUCUCCUUCUCCACCGGUCAGCUUAUCAUCGCAUUUCCUCCAUCAGCCCCAGGGACACUUAAGCCAGUCAGAAAACACAUUCCUGGGGACAUCAGCUUCUCAUGGAUCAUUAGGUUUAAAUGGGAUGAACAGCAGCAUAUGGGAGCACUUUGCUUCUGGAAGUUUUUCACCCAGUACCUCGCCUGCAUUUUUGUCGGGUCCAGGUGCUGCUGAGCUGGCCAGGCUGCGGCAGGAAUUAGAUGAAGCUAACAGCACAAUAAAACAGUGGGAAGAAUCUUGGAAACAAGCCAAACAGGCCUGUGAUGCUUGGAAAAAGGAAGCGGAGGAGGCCAGUGAUCGUGCCAGCACAGCAACCAUAGAAUGUGAGCUAGCCCGAGAGCAGAGAGAGGCCUUGGAGCUGCAAGUGAAGAAACUCCAGGAGGAAGUGGAGAGGAUCCACACUGGCCAGGACCCCCAGUUCCUGCGUUCACUCUCUGAUAUAGAAACCUUCUCCCUCUCCACACUGUAUAACCUUCAGAAACAGCUGCGUGCCAACCUGGAGAGAGUUGAUAAGGCAGUGUUUCAGAUGCAGUCGGUGAAAUGCCUCAAGUGCCAGGAAGAGAACCGGGUGGUACUACCAUGCCAACACACUGUGCUGUGUGAAACAUGUGCUGAAGAGGGCGAAUGCCCCAUCUGCCAUCCCAACAGGCCACAUGCUCUCCAGUCGUGACCCUACUAGGACAUUUGGUUUAGCAUAUCACACAUAGAACUUUUUAACUUUAUAUAUAUAUAUAUAUAUAAAUAUAAUAUGAAUAUAUAUAUGAACACACACAUAUAUAUAUAUAUAUAUAUACAUAAAAACAAAAAUUAGUUGCAGAGCACUUUUUAAUACUUUGCAUCUCCCAUUUAAAGGUUCCCUCCAUCCACCCAGUCCUGCUAAUUCUAACUCCUUAGGGACUUUUAUGGCUGUUUUUAUGUAGAUCAAAGGGCCGUUUGAAGAGUCUGUUUCCUCCCUCCCUCGCUUUCCUAUUUAGGAUGUAACUCUUUUUUAGUCUUUUCUGGAGAGACAUUUAGAGGGGAGGAGGAAGAGAAGUAUGCAAGUGCUUUCCAGCGUGAGGACUGGACUUUUGGGGAGAAGAAAGAUGGAAAUCAGAUUUCUGAUCAAGUCUUCAUCCUCCUCUUGGCUCUUGCUUCAUCACCAUUUUAAUCUUUUUAAAGCAGCUGUCAUACUCUUGACCCAGUUACAGGAGGUUCCCCUUUGCAGUUCCCAUCUGUUGAGAGCUUCAGGCAUUCAGAACUCUUGUUGGCCUUCAGUAUGUGCAAGGAUCUUUGCAUGCCUGUUUGAAAAACAAACAUUUUAAAAGUCUUUUUACACACUUCUAGAUUUCUACCAAAUCAACAAAAGGAGCAAAAUUGAAAACAAACCAAUAAUGAUAGGCCAGUGGUCAUGAUAGUUUUACUCAAAAACAUUACUCAUUAGUGGAGCUUUGUAAAGAGGAAAGGUUAGAGUUUGUGUUCUAUGUUCUCUUGGCAAUGGAGUUGUGCUUCAAAGCUAUGGUAAAUGCACAUGGAAGGCAUUCUAGGUGGCAGAUAGAAGUUGAGGUGUUAAAUAAUGAAGGCCCUCUUUGGAAUAGCCUGUUUCUUUUCUUGUUGCUUUCUCAAAGUGAAGGGUCUUCCUAGGCUUUGCUUUCAGAGAUAAUUAAACUGAGACAAGUGGAACCUUGCCAACUUUUUAGCCUGCCUAAUACAUGCCAGCAUAACUUGUGACCCACAAGUUAAGUAAGGUGGCCUUUGGGGGCUGAAUAAACUUUUUUUUCUGCCUUCCUGGCCCUGCAGAAAUGGGGUAUUGGUCAAGCAUUGGACUACAGGCUACAAUGCACAGUUGGUUUGCAUUUGGCUUAGCUGAUGUCCACUUGUUCAGCCCUAGACUAAUACUUGGUACUUCCUGAUGGGAAGAAACCAUACAACUCUUCCCCUGUUAUUUCCUUACCACAAAUGGUACUGUUACCAGUGUUAUAGCAAGGAGUAACAUUCACCCUAUAGUUCAGAGAGGGGUUGCUUUUUUCUUUGAGUGUUGGGGGGGAAAUCAUCCAGAUUUUUGCAGAGCAGAAUCAUCUGUUUGCACUUUGUAUUGCUAGCAUACAAAAAGUUGAUUGCACCAACAUGAACAUGGGGGAUAUAGGAUGUAAUAGAGAGAGGACUUUUCAGAAGUUAACAUAGUGUGUUGCUGUCUUGCUGCAGAAAUUUUGAAUUGCAUACUGAUUUGAAACUUGAAUUGUCUCAGCCUGUAAUUUCUGCAGAGUAACAGCAGAGAGAUUGUAAGGAAGAAAUAUUUCUUAAAUUUACAGCCAUGGGGCAAAAGCAGAAUUUUGUGAACAUUCAGGGACCCUUCUAUUAAAAGGUUUCUGGUAGCAAGAAAUAGAUUCCCAAAUGCACAACUGGGAGCAGGUAAUGCUAGAAAUGGGGGUGGAUGGAGUAAACAAGUGGGAUGAAAGCUAAUGGAGAAUCUAAGUUGCUGGAAUAUCUUCUCUUAAAAUAUUAGUUAGCUGCUUAGGUGUCAAGGAAAGUUAUGUUCCUAAUGCACUUCACAUUCUUCUGAAAGAUUUAUAGUGAAUGCGAUGAGGUCACAUUUGAAGUGCUGUGUGUAGGCAAGAAAAGACUGGGGUACCCAGAGUCAGCAGUGCUUCACUUCCCGAAUACAUUCCUUUUCCUUGUAACAAGGGAAAUCUUCUUACUCUACUAUUACUUUUCUAUGUUACUUUUCUCUAAUUUAGUUUUACAGUGAAGUUUGCCUGCCUUCUUUACAGGGGGAUAUGGUUGGUUGUGAUCCCUGGAUAGCAAUAGCUCAAUUUGGGAAUGCCAAGACCUAGGCUGUGUCUUCAUAGGGUAUUCUUCAGGGAUCAGUUGUGUUCAGUCCAUUUGGAUUCUGUUCAAUCCCAUCUUGACAGCCGACAUGCCUGUGACUAGUCCUCAACAGAUGGGAACAUUCAUUAAGCAUCUAUGGGAUUCGCUGUGUUGGCAUAGUUCAGAGAGUGAUUUUGGUGUGGGUGGUGACCUGACUUCCCUGCACUUCUGCCUUGGCAUUAAGAGCACCAAACUGAAAAUGGAUGACGUUCCUAUGCAGACAUGUCCUUUGUAUUGCUCUGCUCGUUCUCACAAAAGAUAUUGUAGUUGCCACUUUUGGUUAACAUAACUGUUAGCCUUUGUCACUUUAGUGUGACUGCAGAUUGCCUUGUUUGGCUGGGUACCUGCAGUAGACAACUUUCAUGAAGAUGGAUAAUAUCCUCCCAAGACGACAUGUCUAUAAAUGCAUUCCUUGUUAAUAUUGGGUGUGCACUUGAUAGGGAAUUACUUAUACCAGACAAAAUUGGGUUACCAUUUGUUAUGGAGAGCAAUGACUACUACUUAUAUAGCCCACCUCUUACUGGGAACAAUCCAUCCAGUCUGAGGGGCAUACUUCAUAGGUUUGGCUUUUUAAACAGAUGGACAGUAAUCUAUUUGGGUCUCAAGGAACAGGCAGCUAGGUUAUCGGAGCUAUCAUUAAUUUAUUUCUUGUGCUUUUGUGGGCCAGCAUGAGUUAGGUUUCCAAGCUCUGAGCAGAAAUGUCUUACACCUAUUAAAAAAGAAACUUACAAUGCAAUCCUAAGCAUGUUUACUCAGAAGUAAGCACCAUUGAACUCAAUGGGACUUACCCACUGGUAAAUGUGCUUAGGAUUGCAGUCUGCACUAAAAAUUUCCCUUGAGAACAAAUUUGCACUCUUCCCAGAGUGCUUUAGAACAGGUGUUAACUCAAUGAUUAUGUGUUAACCUUUGAUUAUAUGUGUUAGGCUUUCAAAUAUAUAUAUUGAGGCCUAAAGCCAACUGAUUUUCAAUGAAAUUUGUGGUUUGGAAUAUUUUUUGUGUUAAGCUUGUAUCCAGUAAACGUGUCGUCCUGCAGUUCCUGAGUAGUAGAACUCCCACUGCAGUUUGUUUUGCCUUCUUCCAACAUUGCAACAGCCUGUAGACAACAAAAAGCAGCAGUCCAGUCCAGAAGGACUCUAAUCUGUCGUUUUGAACUGGGAGUUUGCUUAACAUGUAAAAGUGUGUAAUAUUUAGAUUUUUAAUCUCACUCCCUUGCUCACCAGUCUCUGCUUCAUUUGCGGUAGUUUGCCCACCUUUCCCCAACCUCGAAAAGCACUGGAAACUCUAGCAAUCAUUCUUUUUCAUAAGAGUAAUCCAGCUGUUCACUGUCAGGUCUUCCCUCCAAAGUAUUUUCAUAGUUAAUGCAACUACAUCAUUAGAUUUGCUUCACAAUUCCACCCUCCUGUAUUUGGAAGGUUAAUAUGCAUUCCCAGAUGAUCUCAAAGUGCAGCUCUGUUUAGAUUUUUUUUUAAUUAACUUUUAUGUUUGGUAAAACUGCUUUUUUCAAUGUGUAUAUUGUACUAGUAUCUGUUGUGUUUUUUUUAAAAGAACACCUAAUUCGCUUCUUCUUUCUUUUUUUGUAUGGAGAGACACUGCUGGCUGACUCUUGUGGUUGUGUUGUUUUUGGCUGUAGCCUUUGAAUGUCUGUGCCACGGGGCAUACCUGGUCUCCAAGGCCAGCCAACAUGCCUCAGUCUUAAGGAAAGCUUGUUUGUUUAAAAUAUGUGAACAUUUUUAAAACAUACACACACAAAUUUAAAUUAUGGGGGAGUAAUACUCUGCUGGAAAUAAAAUGUACUAAACUAUUUUGGUAACUAAUUUAAAGAUCAUAGGAAAUAAACUCUUUGAAUCAGGUCUACAGUGUUUAUACAGAACUGCAGCCAUUUUGAGGCUCUUUGGUGGUAAAUGGUUUGUAACACUUCAUUUUGUAAGCAUUGUGUUUUAUUGCUUCCUCUGCCUUUCUAUGUGAUUGUCCCGAGUGAGACGAUGAUUUUGUGGGAGACAGUUUGUUUUGUCCUGAAUUGCCACAGCUUUGUGUAAUUCCAACAGAAUUCUACAGGGGAUAUUAGAUGUGUCACUGGUCUCCUUAAGUUUGACUUAAGACGUAGAUUGUUUGUCCUGUUUUUAAGACCUGAUAACUCAGUAGAAUCUUGCUGGUGAUCAGACUCCUCCUUCCCUCUCCCCUUGCAUCCAUAGGGCAAAUUGCUUUGCUGGUGGGAUGUGUGAGAGAAAUUAUGCCAGAGGCAAAAGCCUGUUUACAUUUAGUACCGCAACCCAAAAUGUCUGUUGUAUUGUGAAGGACCAAAGAAUCCAAACUGAGAUUUUUUUUAAAAAUCCCACAACCCCACAAAUUCCUGACUGCUCCCCAUCCAAUUAUGGUUUUUCCUCUGCCUCAUCUCUGUCAAUUUAAUAUAUAGGCACGAGGGCAUAGCAGCAGGCUGGUUUUAUCCACACCUGGGAAUUGUAGAAGCACAUACUUCUCUAUCCCACUCUUUAGCUCUUUUAAGAUGCACUUUUUUAGGGGGGGGGGAAAGGCUAGAUUUCUAUGAAUUUUAAUAUUGAAAUGAAAUACCUGAAAUGUGAAUGCUUUUAUUAAGUAUCAAAUGGAAAAGCAAAACUGAUCUGUUUUGUAAAGAAUUAAUUUUGAGUUAAGUUUCUGCAUAGGAAAUUUUUGUUUACUGGGAUAGGGUGGGAUAAACCAUAAAUGAGAUGAAAUGUCCUUUUUUUUUAACAGAAAGCAAAUCUGCGAUUGCUGAUUUGUAGAGUACCUGUUCAGCACUGCUGUUUUAGGCCCACAAGAUUCUGUGAUUGGCUUUUGCCUGAUGCUAAAGUGCAGACUAUUUGGUGCUGAAGUAAACUAUUCCAAAUGGACAAUCCAAGGAGAUGCGUUUGGAUUAUGAAAAUCCACAGCCUUUUGAACAGAAUGCCUCGUUUUCCAUCUCUGGCCUCUAUACAGAAGCCUAAUUAGAAAAAAAAAUCCUUCCAAAGGUCUGGGGAGGGCCUGCUAAUAUGACUCAUUAUAUCAGACUAGCAAUUUUCUUCUCACUCUGGCUCUGAGACAAGGGGAUAUUGUAGUUGCAAAAACCAUAAUAUUCAAAACGGCUGAUACACCUUCACCUUGAUUAGGUUUAGGGGAUUAUUAGUUGAUGCAUAUGUUAAUAAUUAACCUGUACAUGCUUCUUCCUUUAAGAUGAAUGGCUUUGUGGGGCUGAGGAAUUUCCAGAUAUUGGGGCAGACAGCUGAGUAUUCACAAAGCUUGGAAAUGCCAGGCCAUGCUCCUCUCCUGCCCUGCUUCAGCAGAGGGAAAAAUGGUACCUAACCUGUAUUUAUUGUGGGGAGUUAUGUAUUUGUAGCACACAGAGGCUGCGUUUGCAUAUAAUACUAAGCAUUGGUUUAGUGGUAUAAGGACAAGCUGCAGCCCUCCUGCUCUGGGGCAUCCACAUGGAAGAAUUUUGAAGCUUUUCCUUCCAUUUUAGACUAACCACAACUUGUUGUGACAUCUGAACUUGUACAAGCUGCAGUUAGUCUUAACUAUAGUGGAAGCAACUUCAAACCAUAGUUUAUAAGGCUCGUUUCAAUAACCAUAGUUACGAUUAACUUUAGUUUAGGGUUUGGAUGUAAUGUUGAACUACAGCUAAUCUAAAAGUGAAGCAGAAGCCUCCAAUUUUCUCCUCAUGGCUGUGCCGGAGGCAGGGAGGGGAGCACGCAAGCCCAAAGCUGACUGCAGUUUGUCCUUGUAAUGCUAAACCUUGAGCAUCACAUGCAAACAGAGCCAGAGACCCCACACAGAAUUCUUGCAACUAUUACCUAAAACAGGAAAAUUCCUUUUUCUUUUUAACUUUCCAUAAGUCUCCAAGCUUUACCUGAGCCACUUCAAGGGCUGCAUAGCUCAAACAAAUGAAGAGAAUUUCCUUUCCUAGCAAUGGAGAAGAAUUCAACAGUUUAGUGCUGUUCCACUAAACAGACAGGACCUUCUGUUAUUGUUUCCUUCUCUAUAAAGGAAAAGUGUUAAUUACCAGUGUGGGGCUUUUCUUAUUUGUUUGUUUUUUUAAAUUCCCCUUAGGGAUUAUAUCAGCUUUUAGAGCAAUGCAACCAGAAAGUAGAUGUUGCUGGUGAAAAGUAUUACAAGUGAAGUAUUCCUGCAAACUGGUGACUGUGGAUCAAUGAUCUCUAUGGGGCUUCCCCACUCUGUAGCUUCCAGUUUUUGAAAGAAAAAAAGUAUAAAUACAUACUAUAUAAAUUCUUAAAACUACACACUACAGUAUUUAUAAUGGCAAUCCUGAACCAGUCUCUCUCCAAAGGCAGGGGGGUGGCUGGGACAGAGAGCUGCUCAACUCUGUGUAGAAGUCAGCCAAAAGAUAAUAGGUGGUGUGUACAAUGUGGUGUUUGAUUCCAUUAUUAUAGACUGUAAUGCGGAACUGUGAUUUCAGCUGUUGUUCUUUCUCGUAUUCUGUAUAUAUGUGUGUUUGGCUGUCCAGAAACCUGGUUUUAGACACUCUUUCUUGGCAAAGUGGAUUUGCAUGUGGAGCUAAAAAAAUGCAAUCUUGUGUCACAAUUUCCAAGGGCAGGAUGGAUUUUCUAGAAGACAAUAAAUUUUUUUAUUUUUUUGCUAAGAAAAAAAGGCAGCAGUUUUGUGUGUGUAUCCGUAUGUGUGUUUUAGAGUGUAUCUGUGGUGUCCAUGUGAAUUUUCAUAGUACCUUUGAUGUCUACUUGGAAGCUAAGGAGGUUGUGAAAAUAACCCUACAUAACUACUGGCAUACAAUAGAUUCCACUAGGAAGUUCUCCUAAGCUUCAUGGAAACAAAUGGAAAGUAUGUGAAGGAGCUGUACCAUGAUGAAAUGAACAUCACUUUGCUCUCAUGGAGCUUAUGUUGGAAGAGAUUCUUUGUAGAUUGUAGGCCAGGAAUGCUACACAAUCAUGUCUGUUCACCUUCUGGUUGGUUAUAUGGAAACAGUAACAUAUGAUCAAAAGAACUGUUAAGACAGAACCCACUCAUUUUACUGUAUUUAUUUUAUAAAAAUCCAUUCUCCAUACUAUCCGAUAGGUCAAUACAAUCUCAGGGUUUUGUAAGACAAUGCUUAAAAGAAACUCACGCUUACUCUCAACCACUGUCUCCUGCAAAGAAGAGUGUCUUGUAAUAUCUCCAACAUACUACCACCUGGGAUUCCAUGGAAACAAAGUUCCAUAUUGGGGAGAAACUCACAGAUGGUGGUUUUAAACUUUUACUCAGUUUGGCUUUUUAAGUAUCCAACUGAAAAUGAAGGAAUCUCUCAUUUCUUAAAACUCCUAACCCAGAACUUUCCAUAUUCUCUCUUCACUUCAAACUUUGUGUUCACCAGUGUCAUCCUUGUCACCCUGACAGAUAAAAACAAAAUAUAUUUUGUAAUUGGCCUCCCAAAAUCUUGCAUCGAGAAUAAAG